AUGUAUCGCUUGUCAGCACUCGCACGUGCUGCCAGACCACUUACCGCUGCUGCACGUCGUGUACAGACCACCGGUCCUGAGCCCAACGAUGUAUUUUUGCAGGGUAACUCAGCCAACUACAUUGAAGAGAUGUACGAGGCCUGGUUGAAGGAUCCCAGCGCUGUGCACUUGUCGUGGCAGGUGUACUUCAAGAACAUGGCCAACGGAGUUUCUCCCAGCGAAGCAUACACUCCUCCCCCAACCCUUGUUCCCUCUGGAAGUGCCCGUCUCCCUGUCCUGCCUGGUGCCGGUCUCUCGAGCCCUAUGAAUGCCUCUUCCAAGGAGGUUAUCGACCACAUGAAGAUCCAGUUGCUCGUCAGAGCCUACCAGGUUCGCGGUCACCACAUCGCCAACCUCGACCCUCUUGGCAUUCAGCACGCUGACCUCACCUCCGCUACACCCCCAGAGCUGUCCUACAACUACUACGGCUUCACCGAGAAGGAUCUUGACCGUAAGUUCACCCUCGGUCCUGGUAUCUUGCCCGCCUUGGGCAAUGGUGACAAGGAACUCACCCUGCGCGAGAUCGUCGACGUCUUGAAGAAGAUCUACUGUGGCUCAAUUGGUAUUGAGUACAUUCACAUUCCUGACCGUGCCCAGUGUGACUGGAUUCGUUCCCGUGUCGAGAACCCCCAGCCCUACAAGUACUCGGUUGACGAGAAGCGCAUGAUCCUCGACCGUCUCACCUGGUCCGACAGUUUCGAACGUUUCGUUGCCUCCAAGUACCCCUCCGAGAAGCGUUUCGGUCUUGAGGGUGGUGAAUCCUUGAUUCCUGGUAUGAAGGCCAUGAUUGAUCGUUCGGUUGACUUGGGUGUUGAAUCCAUCGUAAUUGGUAUGCCCCAUCGUGGUCGUCUCAAUGUCCUCAGUAACGUUGUCCGCAAGCCCAACGAGUCCAUCUUCUGCGAGUUCAGUGGCUCUGUUGAGCCUUCAGCCGAGGGAUCUGGUGAUGUCAAGUACCAUCUUGGUAUGAACUACGUCCGCCCUACCCCAUCCGGCAAGCGUGUCGCCUUGUCCCUGGUUGCCAACCCCUCCCACUUGGAGGCCGUCGACCCCGUUGUGCUCGGUAAGACCAGAGCUCUGCAGUUCUACAGCAAGGACACCAAGGGUCAGCACUCCAUGGCUGUCUUGAUGCACGGUGAUGCCGCCUUUGCUGGCCAGGGUGUCGUAUACGAAACCAUGGGCUUCCACGAUCUUCCUGCUUACUCCACUGGUGGUACCAUCCACAUUGUGGUCAACAACCAGAUUGGUUUCACCACUGAUCCUCGCUAUGGUCGCUCCACCCCUUACUGCACUGACAUUGCCAAGUCCAUCAACGCACCCGUAUUCCAUGUGAACGGUGAUGAUGUCGAGGCCGUAACCUACGUAAUGCAGCUCGCCGCUGACUGGCGCCAGACCUUCCACCGCGAUGUUGUCAUUGAUUUGGUGUGCUACCGUAAGCACGGUCACAACGAGACCGAUCAGCCCAUGUUCACCCAACCCAAGAUGUACAAGGCUAUUUCCAAGCAGGAGCCAGUUGCUCAGAUCUACGCCAAGCAGCUCGAGAAGGAAGGCACUUUCAGCCCUGCCGAGAUUGACGAGAACAAGAAGCGUGUCUGGGAUAUUCUGGAGGAGAGUUAUGCCAAGAGCAAGGACUACAAGCCUACCUCGCGCGAGUGGUUGUCCAGCAGCUGGCCCGGAUUCAAGUCUCCCAAGGAGCUUGCCGAGGAAAUCCUUCCCCACUACCCUACCGGUGUCUCCCACGAGACUCUUCAGCAGGUCGGUGCCGCCAUGACCACCCUGCCCCACAACUUCGAGGCCCACCGCAACUUGAAGCGUAUCAUCCAGAACCGCGAGAACAACAUCAAGGAAGGUAAGGACAUCGACUGGUCUACCGCCGAAGGUCUUGCCUGGGGUUCGCUCUUGCUUGAGGGCAAGCACGUCCGCGUGUCUGGCCAGGAUGUCGAGCGUGGUACUUUCUCCCAGCGUCACGCUGUUCUCCACGACCAGGCCAACGGCUCCAAGCACACUCUGUUGAACCACAUCUCGCCCGAGCAGGGUGUCUUGUCGAUCAGCAACUCCUCGCUCUCUGAGUUUGGUGUCUUGGGCUUCGAGCUCGGUUACUCGCUUGUGGACCCCAACGCCUAUGUUGUCUGGGAAGCCCAGUUCGGUGAUUUCGCCAACAGUGCUCAGGUCAUGAUUGAUCAGUUCAUCUCUGCUGGUGAGCAGAAAUGGCUCCAGCGCAGUGGUCUCGUAAUGUCCCUUCCCCACGGUUACGAUGGUCAGGGUCCCGAGCACUCUUCUUCCAGAAUCGAGCGUUAUCUCCAGCUUUGCGACGAUAACCCAUACGUCUAUCCUUCCCCCGAGAAGCUCGCCAGACAGCACCAGGACUGCAACAUGCAGGUUGUCUAUGCUUCCACUCCCUCCCAGUACUUCCACGUCAUCCGUCGUCAGAUCUGCCGUGAAUUCAGAAAGCCUCUUAUCCUUCCUUUCUCCAAGGCUAUGCUCCGUCACCCCAUGGCUCGCUCCAACUUGGAUGAGAUGAUUGGUGAUACUCACUUCCAGCUCUACCUCCCUGAACCCCACCCCGAAACUCUCGCUGCCCCCGAGAACAUCAAGAAGCACGUCUUCUGCUCUGGUCAGGUCUACUAUGCUCUGCUCCGUGCCCGUGACCAGAACAAGAUCAACGACAUUGCGAUCUCGCGUGUCGAGCAGCUUAACCCCUUCCCCUAUGAGCAGAUCAAGGAGCACGCCGACAAGUAUCCCAAUGCCGAGAUUGUCUGGUGCCAGGAAGAGCCUUUGAACAUGGGUCCCUGGGCACACGUCAGCCCUAGACUCACCACCACUUUGGCUCAGACCAAGCACCACGCCGGCAAGCCCGUCAAGUACACUGGUCGUGAGCCCUCUGCUUCCGUAGCCACUGGUAACAAGAAGAAGCACUACCAGGAAGAGUACGAUUUCCUCAGCGAGGCUUUGAUCGGUUCCCCCACCAAACCCAAGGCCGUUGAGCAGGGUGUUCCCCUCUUCUAAAUCCCCCUAAAAAAAUGUGAAAUAAUAUAAUUACCCAUAACUUCUUUCUUUCCUUC